CUGACUAGGUGUAUAUCGAAGGCGUGCGCGUUAGCGUUUACCCUCUGACCCGAAACCACGGCGUUGGCCGUGGGAAGAAACGGCACCACACUGCCCGAGAAUCGACGUUCGAGCCUCAGAUCUGACCCGCGAGGUCCUGUUGAGGGACAAGCUGGACGUGCCGUGUCCAAGGCACCGUCUUGUUUGUGCUCUGGACCACCAGUUGUUGUCCUGCUUGAUACCUUGUACACCGUGACGGGCCUCCCAACACUAACCUUGCGUCCGAAACCAUGUUUUUCACGGAAACAUUGACGCACGAUGUGCUCCUGCAUCCGCGAUUCCUGGACCAAAACCUUGAGGCCAUCCUCAAAACCCAACUCUACAGCGAAGUCGAGUGCAAAGUGCAUCGCAGUCAUGGCUACGUGCUGGCCGUCAUCAAGAUUGAUCGCAUCUCAGAGGGCCGAAUUCUGUUCAACCGCGGCGAGAUUCUUUUCAACGUCACAUACACCGCCGUCAUUUUGCGGCCCGUGCCCAAACAAGUCAUUGAUACCAUGGUGACAAGUGUCAACAACCGGGGCAUUUUCGUUUCCAUUGGUCCCUUGACCGCAUUUGUGUCAAACAGCUGGAUCCCUGACAUGACGUUUGAUUCUGAUGCGAAUCCCCCUCGCUACAUCUCCGCCAAAGACGGGAUCACAAUCGAACCAAACGACGGAGUGCGUGUCAAGAUUAUUGCUGUGCGCAUUGCUGCACAAGACAUUUUUAUCACCGCCUCCCUGACGGGUGACUAUCUGGGCCCCUCUGAUGCACGAGUAUAGCCCUGCACCCCGUAAAUGUGCGCGUGGCACUCGUAAACUCUGGAAGCUGCCGCGAUGGAAUGAGCUGCGUUGAGUUGGCCCUGCCGCUGCUGGGCUGGGGUCAACUUGUUUCCUC